UAUCAAUGUUUCUGUCAAUAUGGUUACUCUGGUAACAAUUGUGAUGUUUUUGACUCAUGUAUUGCUAACCCAUGCUUCAAUGGUGGUCGUUGUGAUAAUAAUGGAAAUUCGUUUACUUGUGUUUGUACACCUGGUUUUACCGGCUUCACAUGCGAAACUAAAGUUGAUCCGUGUUCUUCCUCGCCUUGUCAAAAUGGUGGUUUCUGCCAGUCGUCGUCUACAGGGAAUGGCUUUACUUGCUAUUGUGUAAAUGGAUUCACUGGUGAUACAUGUCUGACAUCAGUCAAUCCAUGUUUACCAAAUCCUUGUCAAAAUAAUGGUUUUUGUCAACCGAGUGGUACAUCAUUCUUGUGUACCUGUCAAGCUGGAUUCUCUGGUACUACAUGUCAAACAAUUGCGUCCGAUCCAUGUUCUAGUGGACAGUGUUUAAAUAAUGGCAUUUGUGUGGUUACCAACAAUGGAUUAUCUUAUCAAUGUUUCUGUCAGUUUGGUUACUCUGGUAAUAAUUGCGAAGAUUUUGAUUCUUGCUAUGUAACCCCAUGCUAUAACAAUGGAGUUUGUAGUAAUAAUGGUAAUUCGAUCACGUGUACAUGCCCUCCUGGUUUUACUGGUUCACGGUGUGAAUUUAGAGUCAAUCCAUGUUUACCAAAUCCUUGUCAAAAUAAUGGUUUUUGUCAACCGAGUGGUACAUCAUUCUUGUGUACCUGUCAAGCUGGAUUCUCUGGUACUACAUGUCAAACAAUUGUAGAUCUAUGUUCUCCAAAUCCUUGUCAAAAUAGUGGUUUUUGUCAACCGAGUGGGACAUCAUUCUCGUGUACCUGUCAAGGUGGAUACACCGGUAGUACAUGUCAAACAAUUGCUAACCCAUGUUUACCAAAUCCUUGUCAAAAUAAUGGAUUUUGUCAACCGAGUGGUACAUCAUUCCUGUGUACCUGUCAAGCUGGAUACACUGGUACUACAUGUCAAACAAUUGCUAACCCAUGUUUACCAAAUCCUUGUCAAAAUAAUGGUUUUUGUCAACCGAGUGGUACAUCAUUCUUGUGUACCUGUCAAGCUGGAUACACUGGUACUACAUGUCAAACAAUUGCUAACCCAUGUUUACCAAAUCCUUGUCAAAAUAGUGGUUUAUGUCAACCGAGUGGUACAUCAUUCUUGUGUACCUGUCAAGGUGGAUACACUGGUACUACAUGUCAAACAAUUGGUAAUAAUAAUUUUACAUUUUACAAAACAUCAUAUUCCUUGUAUACAAUAAUUUGUUUAUUUUAUGCAGAACAGUAA